CCCACAGUUGGUGCUGUUAAUUCUUUCGCAUUCAGUAGUCUUCGUCCAUCGGUUGAGAAUGCGUCGGUGGUCAACAGCAUAAGCAUAGACGCCCUUAAAACCAUCGCAUCGAGUCAUGAUUGGUGGUGUGAAUCUGGCCGGAAGAAGGCUUUCUCUAGCGGUUCUUGUGUGGUGGACAGCGUCAAGUGUUGCAUCGCUCGAGCUGGGAGAAUCAUGUCUGAAUCCUGUUGGAAAACAGGGCACGUGUGUCCUGUUUCGUGACUGUCAGCCGCUGAUUGACAUCUACAAUAAACUCGUGUCUACGCCUGAUGAUAUUCAGUUUCUCACGGCUAGCCUAUGCGGAAUGUUGCAACGGAAAACAUUGGUUUGCUGUCCGGCGUCCAGCAAGAAAGCACCACUACCAGAAUCUCCCCACUGUGGCAUACAAGUGGUCGAUCGUGUGGUCGGUGGUCAAUCGACCGAGAUAGAUGAGUUUCCGUGGACGGCAUUGAUCGAAUAUCAGAAGCCGGACGGAACGUUUGAUUUUCACUGUGGAGGUUCCCUCAUCAAUGAGCGCUACAUUGUUACCGCGGCACAUUGCAUCAAUUCGAUCCCUCGUGGCUGGAAGGUCCAUCGUUUACGACUCGGUGAGUGGGAUCUGUCAACUGCUCAGGACUGUCAGGAUGGGUACGGCUCGAAUGCACCGAUCGAUCUGGAAAUUGAGGAGAUCAUCGUCCACAGCAACUAUGACUCGAAGGAUCAGAGCAAUACCAACGACAUUGCGCUGAUCCGGUUCACCCGACCGGUGCAGUACUCAGAGACCGUACGCCCCAUCUGUCUACCGUGGACCGCAUCUCUUCGCAGCCGUGAUCAUGUCGGACAGCCGAGUUGGGCAGCCGGUUGGGGCAAAACGGAAACAGCCGUAGCGAGCGAGAAAAAGCUGAAGGUUGCGCUGAACAUCACUAGCUUGAAGGAUUGUGCUCCCAUUUUUGGGCGAGGUGGCAUUUUACUGAAAUCAACACACAUGUGUGCCGGUGGUGUGCGCGGUAAGGAUACGUGCAGCGGUGACUCGGGAGGUCCACUGAUGCGACAGCUCACCGGUGCGUGGUAUCUGAUCGGUGUGGUCAGCUUUGGGCCACAGAAGUGUGGCACGGCCGGUAUACCGGGCGUGUAUACGAACGUGGCAGAUUAUGUCGAUUGGAUACGGGACAAUGUUCACCAAGUCUGCUGUGCAGACAAAAGCACUUUGCUACCAGAACCACCAAACUGUGGCAUUCAACGUUCAGACCGUGUAUCACGCAAUCAGACAGCAAAGAUCGAAGAGUUUCCGUGGAUGGCUUUGCUGAUGAUUAGCUUCCUGGACAUUGCCAAAUACUUUCAUUAUCAAGCGCCAGAUGGCGAAAACCUUGGCAAAUUCUGUGUAAAUCCUGUGGGCGAACCGGGCAAGUGCGUUCCCACCUUUGAGUGUGAGGUGCUACUGCACGUCGUUGGACAAGCGGAAAUAUCUCGUUCGAAUCGAAUGUUCCUGGCGAAAAGCUUUUGUGGCAAACACAAAACAAGGUCUUUGGUAUGUUGCGCAGGUCCACCACCGGAUGCGCAUCUCAAUUUGCCAUUGCCUCCGUACUGUGGGGUGCAGCAUCAAUCGCGUCUUUAUGGAGGACAGCUAAUGCAGCUCGAAGACUUCCCCUGGACUGCAUUGAUUGAGUACGCGAAACCGGACGGCAGUUACGGCUAUCACUGUGGCGGAACUCUUAUCAACCAAGAUCACAUCGUAACAGCUGCUCACUGCGUUAGCUCCCUGCCUGAUGGGUGGAAAGUCAAUCGGGUACGGCUUGGCGAGUGGGAUCUUUCGACGGUGCUAGAUUGUGAGCACGAAGUCUGCAACGAACCCGUUGUCGAUAUGAAGAUCGCCAAGAUCAUCGUGCACGAUGGGUUUGAUGCGGGGAACGAGAGCCUCAGCAAUGAUAUCGCGUUGAUUCGCUUUGAGGCGGAAGUGAAUUUUACCGAAACAGUCCGGCCGAUAUGUCUGCCCCUGGCAGCAUCGAUUCGAGCAGAAAACAUGACGGAACUGUUCGGUACCGUAGCUGGAUGGGGAGUUACACCAACAGUCAGCGGAGUUCCGAAGAAGCUGAAGGUGGACGUUGGCCUGAAGGGCGUCCAGGAGUGCUUUUCGAACCUGGAACGUGCAGCUCAGUUCUGUGCUGUGGGCAAACGCUCGGACAGGGAGAUAUGUAGUGCUGAUGCUGGAGGUGGUUUGACUCGGGCUUUCUACGGCUUUCACUAUCUUAUUGGAAUUACUGGAAUGGGACAGGAGAAGUGUGGUUCGGUGGAUGUGCCUGGAGUGUACACGCGAGUACCAGAUUAUAUUGACUGGUUAAAAGACAAUAUUGCGUAGUUAUUAACUCUGUUAACAUCGAUAAAAAGGCGCAAAUAUUUUGGGACAUGAAUUGAAAUAUUUUCAAACAACUCGCAAACAGGCGGUUGUUUGAAUGUACUUUGUUUGGAAGACAAAAAAUGUGUCUUAGUGGUUCCCAAUGGUACCAGCAGUAGGUUUAAUAAUAAAUUCUGGUAAAACGGAUGAUUCCGGUUUUUCGUACGAUACGGAUCAUAUCGUAUAUC